AACGACGAGGCUCUGCUCUACAGCAACCGAAACCGGGCGUGAGACCCAAACAUGGCAAACACCCGACUUCCAGCGGUCGAAGGAAAAGCAGCAACAAUACAGCAAUCCCGGUGCACGAGGGAGGAGGGGGCCAUGUGGCAUACUGCAUCUGCACAGACAUAGACCCUCACGGACUGAACACACAGAGGUACGCCGGUCGAACAACGACUCAUAUGACCGAGCCAACCUGGACUGAGAACCGACCCCUGACACGGGCUGACAAGAAAGUGGAGGGAGACACCUU